AUGCGGCUGCACAAGCUCAAGAUGAAUCCAGCUAAAUGCGUUUUCGAAGUUCAAGCCGGAGAUUUUCAGGGUUUCAUUGUCCAUCAAAGGGGUAUGGAGGUCCCUAAGGAUAAGGCCAGCAUAGUCAUCAACGCCUCUUCCCCGCGCACAAAGAAAGAGUUGCAACGAUUACUGGGUAAGAUCAACUUCCUGAGACGUUUCAUAUCUAACUCUGCAGGUAAAAUCCAACCUUUUUCCCCAUUACUAAGACUACAAGGACAGAACGAGUUUGUGUGGGAAUCUCAACACCAAGAGGCUUUUGACAAAAUUAAGGCCUAUCUAGCGAGCCCGCCAGUACUCGUUCCUCCUAGAGCUGGAUUUCCAUUAAAGCUGUAUAUUUCCGCAGCCGAGGCAUCCAUUGGCAGCUUACUCGCCCAGGAUGAUGAGGAAAGUGUCGAGCAUGCCAUUUUUUUCCUCAGUAGGACACUGACGGAUUGUGAAACCAGGUAUACGCCCAUGGAAAAAUUGUGUCUUACAUUGUAUUUCUCAGCAUGCAAGUUGCGAUACUACAUGCUAUCCUUUACCACUUGCAUUAUCGCUCAAACCGACUUGGUCAAGUACAUGCUGUCGCGACCUAUUCUGCGAGGUCGUAUUGGCAAGUGGGUGUUGGCAUUAUCCGAAUUCUCGCUACAGUACGUUACACAGAAAGCAGUGAAGGGACAAGUUAUCGCAGACUUUCUAGCACAUCACCCUAUGUUGGAUGUCCCCAACGUGAAAGAGUUAGAGAUCGUGACCGCAACAACAACUCAACCAGAUUUGGUGCGCAUUCCCGAAUAUGCUAUUUGGUAUCCGGCCACAAUUUCCCUUCAACCUUGGAUAUUAUUUUUUGAUGGUUCAAGAACAGAAACACUAGCAGGGGCAGGGAUUGUUCUGGAAAACCCAGCGGGCGAUCAUUUUUCUUAUUCCUUCCAAUUGGAGUUCAAGUGCACCAAUAAUCAAGCGGAGUAUGAGGCCCUCAUUAUUGGCCUAGAGGUGUUACUAGAACUCGGAGUAAGAGAUGUCCAAGUACGCGGUGAUUCUUUGCUCGUCAUAAAUCAACUUCAAGAGAAGUACAGAUGUGUGAGUUGCAUGCUUGUACCAUAUUUGAAUAGCGCCGUUGAACUUCUGGAUCAAUUCGAUGACGUGGAUUUGGAAUAUAUUCCUCGCGAACGCAACUUUGCGGCCAACGAACUUGCUCAACUAGCUACAGGCAUUACUUUGAAAUAUGGGGUUCGCGAGCGAAUCUUGAAAGUUGAAAGACGCACGCUGCCUUCUUGGCUCGCACGACCUUACCCACCAGACGAUCCAGUUAUCGCGGUCCUCGAACCUAUUGAUAUAGAUUGGCGCAUUCCUUUGAUUGCUUACCUAAAGCAACCAGACGCCACUGCAGACAGGAAGACUCAUUUUCUUGCGUUAAAUUACUUCCUCAGAGGUGAUGAGCUGCGCUGA